AUUGUCAUUCAGCAGAGGAUUGAUGGAUCGCAGAACUUCAAUCAAAAUUGGAACGUUUACAAGUCAGGAUUUGGAACUUACGACAAAAACUUCUGGUUGGGCUUAGAGAAAACACACCAAUCAACGACAUCGGCUGAUUACAGAUUGAGGUUUGAAGUGCUUAUCAAAGGCGUUUGA